UAAAUUGUUAGUGCAGUACGGUCACGCUAAGUAUGAACCAUCAGACACGUCAGAAUAUUCUUGGGAAUAUUUAUUUUUUGUGAAGAUAUUUGCACAGUUGUCGCUCUGCAUUGGACAAAACUGGGAAGUACACGACAGAAGAAAACACUUGGAGACAUGGCGCAGAACGUGGCCCUGUUGGGACUGGCACUGAUUGCGAUUUCCGCCUCGAUUUCCAUUGUUGUUGCCUUGCCUGUGACUCAAAACAAAAAGGAUCACAAGGAGGCAGAGUCCUCCACUCCGGCCACUGCUGAUGUGGAAACAGCCCUGGAGUACGAACGCUAUCUGAGGGAGGUGGUCGAGGCCCUCGAGGCCGACCCCGAGUUCAGAAAGAAGCUAGACAAGGCGCCCGAGGCUGACAUACGGAGUGGCAAGAUUGCGCAGGAGCUGGACUAUGUUAAUCACCAUGUGCGCACCAAGCUGGAUGAGAUAAAACGUCGCGAAGUGGAGCGCCUGCGUGAACUGGCAAACCAGGCAUACGAGCUGUCAAACGAUAUUGACCGGAAGCAUAUUAAGGUGUCUCAGCAUCUGGAUCACGACAAUGAGCACACCUUUGAGAUCGAGGAUUUGCGCAAGCUGAUUCAGAAGACCUCUGACGACCUAGCUGAGGCCGAUCGUAAGCGGCGCGGGGAGUUUAAGGAGUACGAAAUGCAGAAAGAGUUCGAGCGUGAGGCUCAGAAAAAGGAGAUGGAUGAGGAAUCUCGCAAAAAGUUUGAAGCCGAGGUCAAGGAGAAAGAAGAGAAGCACAAAGACCAUGAGAAGCUGCACCACCCGGGAAAUAAGGCACAACUGGAGGAUGUCUGGGAGAAGCAGGACCACAUGGAUAAAAACGACUUUGAGCCGAAAACCUUUUUCUCAAUUCACGACGUCGACAGCAACGGAUACUGGGAUGAGGCUGAGGUAAAGGCUCUGUUCGUCAAGGAGCUGGACAAGGUCUACCAGAGCGAUUUGCCAGAAGACGACAUGAGGGAGCGGGCCGAGGAGAUGGAGCGCAUGCGGGAACACUACUUCCAGGAGACAGACACCAACCACGACGGGCUAAUCAGUAUCGAGGAGUUCAUGGUGCAGACCAAUAAAGAGGAGUUCCAAAAGGACCCCGAGUGGGAGACGAUCGAUCGGCAGCCGCAGUACACUCAUGAGGAGUAUCUGGAGUACGAACGCCGACGUCAAGAGGAGGUGCAGCGCCUUAUCGCUCAGGGCCAGUUGCCGCCGCAUCCAAACAUGCCUCAGGGAUACUACGCUGCUCCUCCUCCGGGUGGCGUCGCUUACCAGCAGGCCCCACCAAGUGGACAACUACACUAUCAGCAACCUGAUCAGGUACACAUCCAGCAGCAACAGCAAUACGCACAGCAACAACAGCAGUACGCCCAGCAAUACCAACAGCAGCAGUAUGGAAACGGACAGCAGCCGGUGCAGUUGCAUCCCAACCAGGUUUACCAACAUGCAGGACAGAUCCCUCAGCAACAACAGCCUAACUACCAACAGCAGCCUGUCUAUCAACAACAGCAGCCCGUCUAUCAACAACAGCAGCCAGUGUAUCAGCAACAGCAACCUGUGCAACAGCAACAGCCACCUGUGCCACAGCAACCUGUGCAACAGCAACAGCAACCUGUGCAACAGCAACAGCAACCUGUACAACAGCAACAGCAGCCUGUGCAACAGCAACAACAGCCUGUACAACAACAACAACCCGUACAGCAGCAGCAACCUGUGCCAAAUCAGCAAAACGCUCAACAGCAACCCGUACAACAGCAACAAGUCCAUAAUGGGAGCCCUCCACCAGCUCAGAAUCAACAGGUUCCAGUGCAACAGCAACAGAAACAACAUCAGGAAACAUUAAAUCAGGCAAAUCAGCAACACUAAACAUUCCUUUGCUGACGCAUUUCAUUUAGGCCAUGUAAGCAAAGCAUAACAAACUUCUGGUAACGAGAACACAAUGUGAUUGGACUGAAAUAGCACACAAAAAUCAAUAUAUCUCACUAUGAUUAUGUAGAAAAUGUACAAUGAAAUAACUUAUUGCCCCGACGGUUACCGCAUUGUUUUUUAAAUUUUAUACUUCGUUCUUUUUGUACUCUUUUCUCUCAUCCCGUAUUUCUGCAUUUACGCGAUGUAUUUUUUAAACGAAUUUUUGUACAUAUGAGUUUAUGCCUAAGCAUCUUCAGAUACAUAAUAAAUGCAGUGAAACAAAAA